GCUGAGAGCGGCGGGGCAGUUGAUUCACGCCCGUUCCCCUUUCAUCGCUCGUGGUUUAGGUCCUCUCCCCUCUCUUCCUCUCUUUCUCGAAGAGCGAUGGAUGGUUCUGCAAAGGGAGGGAAACCCUCAGCGAAGGUAAGGUAAGAACCCGCAGGACCGGGCGGAGAGAGGUUAUGGAACCCAGGAGAGUACAACGCAGGCACUGACUAUCGAUGCCACGGAGUUAGACAGGGAUAGUCACGACGACGACGACGGCUCGUGCACCGAGGGUCCCCCUAUAGUGUCAUCAUUUUUCUUGUCAUCAGUCUUUCGAGCACGGAGGCACUAAGUACUAAUGCUCGCAGGUCUCAUGAUCGGCGAUCAUGGCCGCCGGUGAUUGCCAAGUAGAGAUGGCUAUGCUGUUAAGAUUAAUGAUGCAAUGACCGGCGAUCUUAGACAUCCGAAAAGCCAACUCCAUGGCAUUCAGAUUUAUUACUGUAGUGUUCGUUAGUGCGGGAUGCUAAAACUUUAAAAGGCAAGUUCAAAUUUGGCGCGUUUCUGUCGUGUCUGUUACCGCGUCAUCCGAGCGGGGGGGGCGGGGGGGGCGGGGUUGUUGGGGCGGGAGAUGGCGGGGUUGCGCAAGGAGGACGGCGUUGUGAGGGGAAAUGACGGCGGGAACUGGACCGGGAUGACAACGACACGAAUGACGACGACGAGACACAGGAUGGCUGGGAGAGGUAGGGAUGUAUGUAUCGCUCGUCGCCUCCUCUCGUUCUCUUCCUCCUCUUUCACCUCGGCUUCGUCAUGCUUGUCUCGUUCGUUCUUCUUCCUUCUCGCCUUGUUCAUCCUUUUCCUUGCUUCUCAGCCCCUCCAGGCUGAGGCAAUGGCCCGGCCAUCGAACGUCAAUGCCAUGCUGAAUCUUUUUAAAUUCAAAGGUAAUAACAAUAGGCGGAGGAUCUGGGAUGGGCUUCUCUUCAGGAGGUCGGUCGAUGAUUGGGAGCGCUCAAAGCCGAAGAUGACUAAGGAUCUGGAAACCCGCUAUCAUAAGUCGAAGUCGGUAGCCGAAUUCCUUGGGCUGGAGGAGGUAGACGCUAUGUACCUGCCCGUACCCAUCAACUUUAUCUUCGUCGGAUUCAGCAAAGAUGGUAAUCAUGGAUUAGAGAUAACGGGAGGAGACAUCACGCAUUGGUUUGCGCACAUGGACCAUAUGCUUCAGCAUUCCCGAGUACCGCACGCGCGGGAGGAGAGGCAAGGGAGCGAGGAGGAGAAGAAGAACAGCGGCGAUGGAAGAGGAAGAGGAGGAGGAGCGGGCCGAGGAGGCGGCUUGACCACAGACGAUUGGGAGGAAAACGUGGAUAUGGAAGACGAGCUUCCUCCAUUCAGUUUUGUCCACCAUAACUAUUCUUGUCAUGCGAUUGAUGUUGGUCAGACCGUUACCGAUUUGUUCGAGUCGGCCAUCCACGUGUUGGCGAGGAAGGAAGAUCCAAUGGCAGCAGCAGGAGGAGGAGGAGGAGGAGGAGGGAGAGAAGAGCAUGAGGGGGCGGUUUUCCAGGUGGAUGUGGAUGCUAUGGUGGCGUUGAUGGACAGCUUGGUGGAGGAAUUGGACUUGAAGGGCGCGUACAACGUGUUCGUAUUGAAUCCGAAGCUAGAUUGGUUGCAGGGAGUGAAGUACGGAUACCGAUCGGGAUUGUCGGGGUCGGAGCUGAAGCUGCUGGCAGCCAAGCAAGGGCAUCACGAGACGGUGGCACAGCUAAUCAAGAACGCGGCAAAGGAAUCUCCCGCCAAAAUUCUUGGCGCGUCGUCUUUCGGAUACUCGGCCUGGGGAAGGAGAAAAGGCGCCAAACGACCGAACAACAAGUUCUUGUGGAAGUUGGUGGAAUCGGUCGAGGUGGCGGACUGGGUGAGAGAGAAGAAGAGAGCGCUGGACAGAAUUCAGGCUAUGGCGGCCGCUGCAGGUGGAGGUGGAGGAGGGGGAGGGGAUGACGUGACGAAGGGCCUCGCGGGUCUGAAGGCAGGAGAGAUACUGAAGGAGAAUACCGAGCAUGGGCGCGCUCUUCGUCGGCUGAUUGAGGACAACGAUGUGGGGCUUCAUGGGGACUGUCUUGUCGACGCUUGGGUAUCUGAGGACAGGGUGGCGUUCGUCGAUCUAUCAGCGGGUCCCUUUCACUGGGGUCCGAUGAUUAAAGGUCAGGGAGUGAGAGCUCUCUCUACCCUCCCCUCGUUGGACAACAUCUUCGAUGCAGUGGAACAGGAACCUGCCAAGGGAGUGAGCGAGGAAGAAGCGGCGAUGGAGCUGGAAUUGGAGAGGAUCACCGCCGAACGUUUCAACGCCAUUAAACACGAAGGCAAGGAGAAGGAGGAGGGGGGAAACGGCGGGGAAGCGCAGUACGACGCUGCGCACGACGCGGAGAUGUUGAUGGCCGAAAUGGACGUGUAUGAGAUGUUCGCCGAGCGGCACUGUGUGGGUAGGACGACGCCAGUGAGGAUCUGCGAGGAGUUGUCGAGGCGAGUUGAAGAUAUGAAGGAAGAGGUGAAAAGGCUGGAUGACUUGGAAGACGACCAAGACGGGAGGAAGGGAGCCGCCGUGGCCAGGGCGAUGGAGAAGAUACACUCCUGGUCGGCGAUCUUCGGCACGAAAGAUCCGUCGGCGGCCGGCGGACGAAUCGCGCGAGCAAUGGAGGGCGAUCACCCCACGGACGCAGCGGAGGAGGAGGAGGAGGAGGAAGAAGAAGCGGCGGGAACCCAACUGAAGAACCAGGAUCACGCAGCCAUCGUCAGAGACGUGUUCAUGUCCCAAGUGGGAGCCAUUCUAUCGAACGUCAUGAAACAGGUGGUCACCCCUCCGACUUCCUCUGGAUCCUUUCAUAUCCAUAACCGCGUGACAUUUCACGUCUACAUUCUCCACCCCCACGGUCCUGUCGACAAGGAGCACGCGUUUCUCGUCGACGAUUUCAAGAGAGAGGUCACCAAACUUAGGGUACCUAGUCAGGAGUUCCGCUUCAUUUUCCACAAGCUUGGCGUUGCAGAGGACACCGCCUUGGGAGUUGCCUUCACCUCCUCCAUCCGGAUGUCGGCAGUUCCGCUGCUCGGGACGAACGGGUUUUUUGAACCCUCCCAAGUCUCCUUCAUCGAUUCGCUGACCCUUCAGCAUCAGCUACAGAGACUGGCAGGUAUCGAUGAUACCGAUGGGAGUGGCAAAGGCGGUCCAGGGGGGGGAUCGUCGUACUUCUCCUUCUGGAACUUGAGGGACAAGUUGGAUGUCCCCAUCUUCGUCUUCUCUCUCCAUAGAUCUCCGCUCCUCAUCGAUAAGCAGUACACGGCGAAAUCGCUGAACAACAUGGUCUUGGUUGUGCAAAGCGAUGAGCCUGAUUGGGCGUCGAACAUGCAGUGUAAUCGUGAGAGAAUGCACGUGGACUUGCGUAAUCCGCUGAAGAGCGCGGUGGCGGCGGUGGCAGAACACCUUACCGGAGUGCUUCCUAGUCAUCAGACAUUCUCGCACUCUCAUGGGAAGGGGACUCAAGAUUGGAUGUGGGCCGUCGGAUCGCAUGCGCUGGCAGCCACGUCACGUGGGUGGAAAUUGUCCCAGAUCCACGUGGAAGCGGGAUGGCGCAAUUACGUCAUAGUGCAGUUGGACGAAGCGUUGAGAAACGUGAAUGAAGGAAUCAGGAUUUUGGCGGGAGAGACGACGGCGGGGAACACGUUUAAGGUGAUGAAGGAGGUGUUCGGGGAUGUGGAGACGGUGAUGUCGGAGUACUCGAUGGUAAUCAAUUCGUGGCACGAGAUCAUCAAAGAGAUGGAUGGUCUGCACUUCGAUAGGGUAUUUAUGACGUUGGGAGUUCUGGACUCGAGCUCGCGCUCAUUUCUGACCCAGUGUAGGUGGCUUGCCACCGUCAUGCAUCCUGUCAGGUGUGCCAAGAACAGGACGCUCAACGUGGGCGGCUUGCUCCCCGUCGCAGGGAUAGCUAGCACGGCCGUGGCCGGUGGACUUUACCUAUUCCUCCGCCGAAGGAAGCCCAAACCCAAGAUCAACUGAGCUCUGCUUACUCGCUGGCGAAUUGCACGCAGA